GCGCCCCCUGCUGUGCGAUUUGUGCCACUAAAAGCACGGCCUGUAAGCGUAAGCGCUCCCUGGGCUGCAGUCACACAGCACACUGAUAAAGCGUUUGAAUGCAGAUGGCGACUUUUUUCGGCGAAGUCUUAUCCGUUUAUUCACGGGCCGUAGAGGAAGAUGAGGAAGAUGACCAUGAAAACGAAGAGGAUCAGCAAAUCCGGAGUGAAAUAGAUGAGAAAAGGAAGGUCCACGUUGAGUGGUGUUCGGAGGUGAAAAACGAGCUGGCGACUUCCGCAGAAAAUGCAUUACAUUGUUCCGAUUUAGUUGUGGCUGUGGGCCCAAAUGCUGCAGGCUUCCUCUCCGCUUAUAUCCUGAGCUCGGUAAGUUGGUCCCCCGUGGGCUCGAUGUCCAUCUGGAAUGAGAGGAACCCGGGUUCGGGUGCGAUGCUGCAGAGCGAGUCCAGCUGUGUCUUCUACAGGCAGAAAGAUUCACCUUCAGUUCUGAUAUGCCAGUGCACCUGCUACAUAGCCGAAGAUCAGUUACUCCAGUGGGCAGAAAGUGUGUUUGCGUGUAUCGAGAAGCGUGGGCUCAACGUGACUGUCCUGUCAGACUGCUCCCUGGCCGAAUUUAAAACCACAGAAUCCAUGUCCAGCACCACGCCGUUUCUCCGUGCUCUAAAAACCAGCCUGUACCGAAGCCAGAUUUCCUGCCCCCUGCUGGAGCAGCCAAAUAUUGUCACAGGUCUCGCAGCUGCAGUGCUCAGCUACUGCCAAGUUCACCAGAUCCCUGCAGUCCUCUACCAGUGCUACAGUGACCUCAUCACCCCUGACUCGGUCACCAUGGAGACAUACAAACCUGCCUUCUUAAAUCUGAGCAGGCUGAUAAAGCUUGAUGCUAACCCCAAUGUUGAUGUCCUCCAGAAGUUGAUACGAAUCAGUGAUGCUCAAAGCAACAUGUAUACCUGAAACCUACUAAUGAUUUUGAAUUUUUUUAGUAUCAUCAAAAUGCUUUUUCUCCUGAACUGUAAUUUUUUUAAUACAAAGGUGCAAAAUGAAA